AUGCGCGAAUUCAGCGAGGAGGGUCCCGACGGAACGUUUCAUUUUCAAGUGGUGAAGCUCAACCAGCAGGUGUACGUGUGGGUGGGGCUCAACACAGCAGCCCACGGCAACGUCUACACCGCAAUCCCCACCAGAUUCGACCCCAUGCCGCUCGUAACGCCUCUGAUUGGUGGUGGUGCCGAGGGUGCUUCUGCAACAAUGGCUGCCAGAAUAAGCAAGCGGUUGGGAUGUGCAGUUAUCUUGGCUUCAAACAUUCCACCCAAUGCACCCAUGACAGAGGCAACAGCUGAGCGGUUGCUGAUUAAACGCCUCCCAACGCUCCUAGCGGAGCAAAGCAACACCUGA